UUGGGUUGGUUUUUUUUUCAAAGUCAAAAUGAGUGCACUUCGCAAAGGCUGGCUGAGCAAUAACAAUCAGGUCAGAAGGGAUCAGGGGCGGUCGGUACCGUGUUUACUGGCAGCGUGGAAAACAUCCCCUGGUAGCUGGUGGGAACACUUCAAGAAUGAGUCCACCACAAGAUAGAAGUAGAAAUUCCUGCAGCAGUGAGCCUCUGGCGAAGUGCCUUCAAGCAAAGAAGGACCUGGAAACAGCUAUAUCUGGAAUUGUCAAAGCUGAACAGCAGAUUAAAGAGAACUGGCAAGAGGUGAAAGCCAAGAUUCACAGCCACAUCAGCCGGCACCUGGAAUGCCUGCGCAGCCGGGAGGUUUGGCUGUUUGAGCAGGUGGAUCUCAUUCAGCAGCUGAAAGAGGAGGCCUUGCAGCAGCAGGCACAGCAGCUCUACUGGUAUCUGGGACAAUUCAAUUGCCUUAUUCAUCAGCUGGAACGCUCCUACAGUAACGAACUAGCAAACCAGAUUUCAGUUUGCCUGGAGAGACUGGGAGGUCUUACUCUUAAACCAGAGGAGUCUUCCAUCCUGAAUUUUGAGGCUGACACAUCUUACCUUCGCCAGGCUAUUACCUCGUUUGGUUCCAUUAAAACAAUGCAAACUUCAGAGAGAGAGAACACUUCCCCCUGGUUCCCAGCGCAGAAUUGUGCCCUAAUGAAUUGUGAGCAGCAGAAGACGUUGUGUGGGACAGGGGGUGCCUCACUUGCUGACUGGCUACUGGGAAGCAGACCUGGGGGUGUUUGCCCGGCUCCGUACGUUCCCAGCACCAACCUUGAGGAAUGGAUUACACAAAAAUGUGUGUCAGAGCCCAGCCCGGAUUUAAAUUCUUCCAAAGUCUGUUAUUUUGAGCAAGCCUGGGGAAAUCUGAAAGAUUUGGAAAACUGGCUCCUGCAGAACCAACAGCGUGAUGCUGCUGGGAAGACAGACUCCCCAGGCCGCAAGGACUCCACCUCCACUUUCAACUCCUCCUUUUUCACUAUUGAACCAGUGGAGGAACUUGGACAAGAAGAGAUGGACCUUUCUGACUGGCUGCUUACUCCUGGCACAGAAAACGGAAGUGGUGCUUCUUCAGAUGAGAAAUGGAAAUAUGAAUUUAAGCCUUUCAGCGAAGAAUUUAAUUUGAAUGAUUGGCUCCUGAAAGCUGAAACGUGUACCAGUUGUCGUGGCAGCCAGAUCAAAAGUGUGGAAAUUGAGAACCUGGGAAAUCUGAAGUGCCUGAAUGAGCAUCUUGACGGAAAGAAAUCACCCACUCCAUCUGCUGUCAGUGCUUGGCUGCUUCAGCACCCUCAGGCCCCGUUUAAGGUGGAAGAUGUGUGCAAAGCUAAUGAGGUGUGCACCAGCUUUUCAGAGUGCGUGUGUGAUGAAAACUGUGGAAAAGAGGCUCUCUGUAAAUGGCUUCUGAAGAAAGAAGGGAAGGAUAAAAACGGCGUUCCGGUCAGCCAGAAAGAUGUACCAAACCCUGAGCAGGAGAAGACCAAGUCUGCUGCCAGUACCUGGCUUAACCCCUCUCAGAAGCUCUCAGAGGAACCCGUUAGUGCAGAGAAAGCAGAUUAUUCAGCAGAGAUCGCAGAACCCUGGAAAGUAUUGCUCGAAAGGCCUCUGACAAGCUGGCUGGCCACCUCUGAGCACAAAGCAGAAAGUGCAGAAGAAAAGGCGAGUAGGGAAAAAGCAGAUAAUAGUUUCAAGAAUCCUUUUCUAGACCUCUUGGCUCCAUUCCACCUUCCCUUGAACGUAAACAGUUGGGUGUUGACUUCAAACAACCUAGAAAAUGUGAACCCACCUCCAGCAGAAGAUAAAUGGCUUCUACGCAAAAAAGCACAAGACUUCGGCCUUCCUACAGUUUGUGACCUUUUUGCAUGUAUGAAACUCCAAGGAGAUACAGAAAAAUGGCUGUAUCGGACUCCUUUACAGAUGUGAAAAACUGGAAGCAUCGAAAUCAUCCCCUUCUUGCUGAUGAAUCGCACAUCACGCUGAGUGACUGCAGCCAGCUGAAUUCUUGUGUUUGUGUUUGGCCGUCUGCUUUUUCUUCUAAAAUUAUAACAAAAAGAAAGAUUUACUCAUAUAACAGAGUCACAGUGCAGAAGAUGCCUUUUUGUUAUGAUUAAUUCUGAAAUGUAAACCCACUGAGCAUAAGCGAUCCGAUACUAUAGAGGUGUUAGUAAAUUCCUAUCUGUUCUGGGACUACGUGAAUCUUCUUUGAUGGGUUGUCACUUGAAGUAUGUUGAAGCCAGUGCAAGUACAAAGCAGAAUCUCUCUGGUGCUGUGGAACAUCCACCUUCGGCAGGGACUUCAGGAGUGUGGCCUUUCCUUUCAGCUGCUACAGCUUUGCCAUGAGUCGGGUUCCAGCUUACCGGGGUUGCGAGAUGACUUAGGCUGUAUUUGGAAGCAAUUUCUUUUAUUGAGCAGUUGCUAACUUUAAAGGUUUCGUUUGCAUCUUGUAUCGGUGCGUCUCCCGGCUGCGUGUGUGUAGUCCAGGGUUUGAAAAAGACAUGAAUUUAUGGGACCUGACACGUAACUGGUAACUUUAGUUUGGAAUGCAAACUUUACUUGCAAAUUUGUGAGCCAUUCAGAGAACAAGGUAGGGUGUUAAUUUUCAUGCAUCAAUAGAUGAGAUCCUACCGUGUCCCCAGCGUUUAAUAACCAUUUGAAUCUCACUGAAAAAGCUGUAAGACAAAAUGUGUGUUUCUGCUAGUUUUUGAUAAUUCAUAAUGAGCUUUUAUUGACUAAACCACUGGAAAGCGGGCAUCUUAGCCACGUAAUAUUUAAAGGUAAUAUUUGGGGAAUUAGAUGCCUUCUCAUCGCACUGAUGUUGUGCUGUUUAGUUGGGAAGACACUAACUUGGCAAACUGUGGCUCCCACUGAUCCAUUUUAAAGAUAUUUAAGCUGUGGAUUUCCAUGUUACUGUGCAUAUGAAAGUGGGGUCGAGUGGCUCUGAUCCCUGUCCCUGUGGUCAUACGAGCAAUACCUCUUCAGGUGUUCAGCAUUUUGAGCCCGUAGGAAGGACCGUGGAGAUGUUGGAUGGAAACGUGGGUCGAGCCUGUUGGCUUGCAUGAAAAACUGUGAAGUUACCUUGUUUCUGAUGCAUCUUCCACUCAACAAACUGCUCUUAAUGACUAUGAAAAUCACCUCCCCUUCUCCCCAGCCCCGCAACCUGCCCCACAAUGAAAGUGAUUUCAGUUCUUCACAACACUGUAGAAGAGAAGUUAUUAGCAAGAUCCAACCUUGGUCCUACUUUACAGUGUGAACACAUUCCCGACUGACAGAACCUGGGCAUUUGGUUAAAAUGUUUUUAGUCUGAGGGGGGGGGACACCGCGCAUCUGAAACCAGGCCCUGAAAGGGCUUAUGUCAGUGGACCACCCGAGGCAUUCGUACUUCCAUGGCUGAAGCUUUCUGCUGGAAGCACAAAUAGGUUUUCCAAGUUCUCUUUCCCCUUUGAGGGUGUCCUUGUUGCUGCCUGGGACGCCAGCGCGGUGACCAACCCCAGCAAUAGCCCCACGGGGUGAGCAGCUGAAGGUACAGGAAGGUGAUUGACGUGCAGCCCACCUCUUACAAUUCCUUGUAGUUGUCAGUGUGUGCUAUUUUGUCCGUUCAUUAUGAGCCUUUAAAACUUGGGGGUAUGUAUUCCUUUACUUACUCAACUUGUUAUCACUAACUGAUAUUUAUGUAAAACAUUGAUUAGUCUUCUUUUCCAUUAAAAAAUAAUUGCAACCAAA